CAAGAGAGGAGAGGCAGAGGGAGGAGGGCGGCAUCGGAGGGAGGAGAAGGAGGCGAGGAGGUGAGGAGGCUGAGGUGGAAAGUCAACCAGCUGGAGAAGGAGAAGCUGCAGCUGACGUCCAGCCACAACCAGGAGGCGUGCAGUCUGCAGGCGGAGGUGGCCCGACUCCGCUCCUCGGUGGAACGCGGUGAGGCUCAGCGGGCGGAGCUUCAGUACCAGCUGACCGUGAGCCGCAGAGACGCCGAGCGAGUCGUCGAGCUCAGCAGGGACAAACACACACUCACAGAGCGAGCGGCGGAGCUCCAGCAGACUGUGGAGGAGCUGCAGAAAGCUCUGCACAUCACGCGGCAGGCCAGAGAGGAGGACCAGCAUGCUUUGCAGCAGGAGGUGGAGGAGCGCGACCGACUGAUUCAGAGCUUCGGCUCCGAGAACCAACGACUGCACCGACUGCUGCAGGAGCAGGAGGAGGCUCUGGACGAGGCUGAGAAGAGGAUGGCCGAGGUGCAGAAGGAGAGGCAGAAAGAGGCGGAGGUGAACAGACAACAAGCCAAAGAGAUGAAGUACCUGAUGGAGAGAGAGGAGAGGAGCUGCAAGGAGAAGGAGCUGUCGGAUCAGAGGGUGAAGACUCUGGAGUCGAGCAUCGAGGCAGAGCGAGCGGCUCACCUGGAAACUAAAUUCAACGCUGAGAUCAUUCAGCUGCGUCUGCGGGACCUGGAGGCGGCGCUGGUGAUGGAGCGGUCCGGCCAGCAGGAGGCGCAGCACAGCCUGGAGCUGCUGCAAGCUCAGUUCAGAGAGGUGGAGCGAGCUUACAGCCUGGAGAGAGAGAGGAGCGACAGCACUGAGCGCGCUCUGGAGCGGUUGCAGACCGAGUUCAAGAAGUUCAGGAGCGACACAGUCGUUGCCAUGGAAACGGAGAAGAAGGCCACGUCUGACCUGACUGAGAGGUUGGAGGAGGAGAAAAGAUUGCACAGCAACACACACUCACUGCUGGAGCAGGCUGUUAAGAGGCAGUCGGACGCAGAGGAAGCCUUUACCAACAUCAUGAAACAGAUCCGAGACAAGCUGCAGCAACACCAGCACACAGGCGAGCAGUCGGUCCAGCCAGCAAAGGAUGAUGGGAAACGGAGUCCCGCUAAAGUCCUUGAGCUGCUGAUGACGACUCUCAGCAGCUGCAGACACAGACUGGAGGAAGCAGACAGAGAGGUUCAGGAUCUGCUGUCUGCAUCAGAGAAGCUUCAGGAUGAGAACCAGGCUCUGCAGCAGCUGACCUCAGAUCAGAGGACACACAUUGAUGAGUCUCACCAGGCGUUGGUCAGACUGCAGGAGGAGGUGGCUCGUUUGCAUCAGGAGAGCUCUGAUUGGUCGAUGCAGAACCAGCGCCUGCAGGAGGAGCUGCAGAAAGAGAGGGAGGAGCUACAUAAAGAGAGGGAGGAGCUACAUAAAGAGAGGGAGGAGAGAGAGAAAGAACGAGAGGAGAGGACGGAAGAAAUCCACAAGAUCACUGAAAACUACAAGAAAGAGUCAACGGCCCGUCUGUCCUUCCUCCACCGUCUGUACCAGCGCCUGCUGGCCGGCUGCGUCCUCCUCGAUCAGUCGCAGAGCAUUCUGGGUAACUUCACCUGGAAGGAGCUGUGUGAUGUCAUCAGCGAGCAGGUGGAGCAGCUGACCUCUGACCUGCAGAAGGCCAACGACAAGAUCGCUCACCUGCAGAGUGUGUGCGACAAGAAGAGUGUGUGUGUGCGCGAGCUGCAGCGCAGCCAGGAGUGUGUGUUGUCUCGCCUGGAGGAGAGCGUGAGGAGGAGGGAGGAGGCCUGGAGCAGCCGGCACACACACGCCGUCAGCCAGCUGCAGAUUUGUCGGUCUCAGUGCGACUCGCUCCGGGAUCACGCCUCCUCUCUGGAGCGCCGCUGCUCCUCGCUGACCUCCGACCUCUCCCGGCUCCAGGACCUCCUCUUUAGAAGCCACAGAGACUCCUCCUCCUUCCUGUCGGCCUGCGUCCUGCUGGGCGGAGCUCUGAGACACGCCCACCGCUGUCUGAGCGCGCUCUCUGAGCAGAAAUCCUUCCUGUCUGCACGGCUGGUCCAGAGGGAGCUGCUGGAGGAGGAGGUGAGGAGGCUGACCGACGCUCUGGGAGGAGAGAAGGAGGAGGAGCAGGGAAGCGGAAGGAGGAGGAGGGCGGUGAGGAGGUGGAGGAGGAGUGUGUGUGCAGUGCUGGCGAUAAAGAGGUGGUGUAUGCUGUCCAGAAAGACGGAUGUGUUGUUUCGUCUGGAGAGAGGGGGCGGAGCUCCGGCUGUAGGUGUGUGUGGACCGUCGCCAUCGGCAACAAGGAAGCCUGAAGAUGCUCCACAGACAGAUGAUGAAGGUCCUGAAGGUGUGUGUGUUCGCUGGCUUCGGUCUAAAAGCCUCUCCUCCGUCGCUCUGUCCUCCAUGUCCGACCUGCAGGAGGUGCUGGCGCACAGAGGCUCCUCCCAUCAAAAUGUGAUCUCUGCCGCCCACUCUGGUUUGUCCCGCCUCCUGGAUCACCUCCUUGACCAACCAGCUUCCAGCGUUUCUUCAGGUGGAGCAGACGAGGACUCUCUGAGCAGCCGGCUGAGACUCGGCCUCAGCAAACUGACGCCUCCACAACCAGACGCAAAGACCCUGGUGUCGGCCCUUCAGCAGCACUUCCUGCUCUUCAGCCAACGGCUGCACUCGGCUGAAGUGGAGAGGCGGAGCCUACGGCUGGAGGUGGCCAAUCUUAAGAGAGGACUGCGGAAGGAGAGGAAAGAGACGUGCAGGACGGAGGCAGCUGAGCGUUUCCACAGUGUGUGUGAGGAGCUCCAUCAGGCUCUGAGCAGAGAACAGGAGGCUCAGACGCUGAUCCAGGACCAGUCCAACCAGCUCCAGGCCCUUCAGCACCGAGUGGACACACACACCACCCAGCAGACGGACACACAGCGCUCUCUGGACCAGAACACACAGGUGGCGCUGUCAGAGGCUCGACAGGAAGUGAGUCGGAAGGAGCGCUCGCUGAGGAUUCUGGGUAAGCACCUGUCGGGGGUUCAGACGGAGAGGAAGCAGCUGGAGGAGCGGCUGCAGCGAGCCGAGGACGAGCUGAGAGACGCGGUCAGACGUCAGGACUGUGUGAUCCGCUUCAUGAAGGCUGCAGAGACCAGCUGCAAGCAGGUCAGAGAGAGCGUCAUCCAAUCACAGCGCUCCCAAUCAGCCCAGCCCCGCCCCCUGCUGUUACCCCGGGAACAGCUGGAACUGAGUGGAGCAGAGAGCAUCAUGGGAGCUCCUGAGGCGGCAGUGUGCCAGAGUUUUCUCUCCACCGUCUCUCAGCUCUGUCACACCUGCAGCUCCAGGAUCGACUGGCUGGAGCAGGAAGUCUCCGCCCACCGCAGUCACGUGAUCGCCCUGCGCAGCGAGCUACAGGAUGCCUGUCUCCGUGACAACCUGGCUUAUGUGCCUGUGGAAGAAUUUCCAGAAACAUCCCCAUUCGCUGACGUGGAAAAGCCUCAACCUGUUCCCCUCUCUGAUUUAUCACAGGACCCUGUUAUUUGUAUAGGCCCCGCCCCCUCAGAAACAAAGCCCACCCAUCUACCUCAAACAAGCCCCGCCCACUCCUCACCUUUGAAGCCUGGAGGGGUGAAAAUGAAAGAAAAGAAAACCAUGAAGAAAAACAUGAAGAGUGGAGGGAGGAGAGGAGGAUCCAUUAAAAACUCAUCUAAAUAAAGGUGUAUUGUUUCCAUGACAACAUGCAGCUACGAGGAAGAACUCUAAGGACGUUGAAGUGCUGCUGGUUUUGGAAAGUUCUGGAAAUGUCCUGGAAAGUUGAGAAGUCCUCCAUUAGGAAACAUCCAGACCUCCUUUCUGCUGAAAACAAGAGUUUUCUCCCAGCUGGUUGGUGACAGACGCCUGAAGGCCAGAUGUUCCUGAUGUUCCUGAUGUUCGUCUGCUAUCACGACGACAUGUGACGCAUAAACAGCUGGUUGAAGUUUGUUUCUGUGUCAGUCUAACUAGAGUUCUUUCCUUUUAUUCCGUUCAAACUCCAGAUCAGCGACGUUUGUCUGUGCACAGAA